AGGGUCAAUUUGUAGGAUGGAUAUCGAGCUUCGUCCUCUUGACGCGUUCCGAUUGAUUUUGACUGCCUCACGAGGAAUAUCCGAGUCAAGGAUAAAUAAAGCCAUUGUCUUCGACUAUCUGUUGGACAACAGAAUUCCGGAUCGAUGGCUGCCCCUGGUUGAAGGAAUUCUGAAUCUUGCAAGUGACCUCGCAUAUCAUCUGGACCUACCAAUCGCGAGAUUUGACGACAACGCUCCCGAUUUUCCGCGUGGGCCGGAUAAUAAUGGUGGGCGGGGUGGUGGUCGAGGUGGAGAUCGUGGUGGAGAUCGAGGUGGAGAUCGUGGUGGAGAUCGAGGUGGAGAUCGUGGUGGAGAUCGAGGUGGAGAUCGAGGAGGACGUCGAGGAAGAGGUGGAUACCGUGAUGGUGGCGGUGGUCGCGGUGAAGAAAUGUUUAACGUCCAUGUCAAUGGAAAUGUCGUCGGAGACUGGCAAAAUCAUUUGGUUGGAAUCGCCGUCCAGACCCGAGAUGUUCCAAUCUUGAAUGUCCGUUUCAAUGCUCGUGACUCUACUUAUCGUGAUACAGCUCAACUGAAUGGACGUGUCUAUGUUGAUGAUGCAGACGAUUGGGAUCUUGGAGACAAGACGUUCUCUUGGAAGGAUAGCCGCCCCGGCUUCGAGCUCUCUGACAAGGGAUCCAUCACGAUGGCUGGUGAAAUGGCUGCUGGUACCUAUACGAUGUCUGCGAAUGUUCAUGAUAACGCUCGUGACGAGGACGCUGUCGGUUAUGUGACUGUGAUUGUGAAUGCGGUGCCACAAAUUGCGUUUGACAAUCAGGGAAGUGUUCAGUUGUUGAUUGCCGAGGAGACACCGCUCCAGUUGCCGGAUGACUUUAUUCGUGCCGAUUCGAAUGGACAAUCAUUGAUGGAUACGUUCAAACAGGAGAUGACUGCUUACAUGGGUGGAGAUGUUACAGUUGAUGUGUUCUCUGUGCAGGUUGAUUGGGCGAGUCGGCUUGGAAGAUUGGCGAUUUUGAAAAGGAGAAAUAUUUCUAAUAAUUUAUAGGAAUUAAAAACGUUUUAAAGCAUCGGAAAAUUGAAAUUUGAACGAUUUUCGUCAAUAUUUUACCCAAAAGUAUGGCAAUUUUUGAUAUUUUGAAGGAAAAUCACAACUUUACCUUCAGAUAUUUGACUAUAUCUUGAAUUUUGUUUAAAAAAACCAAUUUUUCACGAAA